UCUGCCAUAUCAUGUCGUCUUAGUUAGUCUGCACAGAAAGAACCCCCGCAGUAAACAUGUUAUUUCAGGGUAAAUCUCACCGAUGCUCCCCGCUGAAGCUGGUCCUUUGGUCGGUGGUGGUCCUGGGAUGUUUGUCGGUCCGGUCCGGAGCGGAGGAGACCCCGUGGUACCAGGAUCUCUGCAGAUAUAAAUGGGAGGCCAUAGACCAGGAUAAUAAAGUGGGCUACACGCUAAAGCUCUGCGAGUCUUCACCGUCGACGAGCUGUGGUGCCGACACCGCCGUCUGCGCCCGGAACCUCACCCUCAAAGCAGACCACUCUGUGGGUCAGCUGUCCCUGCAGAAGCUCUCCGGCUCCGUGCUGGAUUUCAACAGCACAGAAAUAUGUCCCGGGAGCGACAACAACUUCCAGACCAGCAUCAGCUUCCAGUGUGGGAAAACCAUGGGGACCCCGGAGUUCGUGGCUGUGUCUCAGUGUGUGCACUACUUUGAGUGGAGGACGUACGCCGCCUGCAAGAGGGACAAAUUCAAGCCACACAUAGAGGUGCCGUGCUACGUGUUCGACUCGGACGGCAAGAAGCACGACCUGAAUCCUCUGAUCAAAGUGAACGAUGGAUAUCUGGUGGACGACGGGGACGACAGCAUCGACUUCUACAUCAACAUCUGCCGCAGCCUCAACCGACCCGCAGACUCGUGUGCAGAGGGCUCUGCGGCCUGUCUGGUCACCAAGCACGGAUCCUACGACAUGGGCUCUCCCACCGUACAGCUGGAGCUGCUGUCAAAUGAGAGACUGAGGUUAACGUAUAAGACCACCGCCGGUUCAACUCCUCCAGACAUCUGUAAGGAACACACUCCAGCCGUCAACAUCACCUUAAUCUGUCCGUCAAGCAGACAGUCGGGCAGUCCUCCUAAGAUGAUCGCGGAGUCGAACUGUCGUUACGAGGUGGAGUGGGUGACGGAGUACGCCUGCCACAGAGACUAUCUGGAGAGCGAUACCUGCAAACUGACCAACGACCAGCACGACACCUCCAUCGACCUGACCCCGCUCACCCUGAGCCCCAGUGAAACGCCGUACUACGCUCACUCCGGCUCCAGUGACGGAGACGACAGCUACGUUUACUACCUGAACGUGUGUGGAAAGGUCAACAGCGAGGAAUGUGGCGAAGACCCGUUCAUAUCGUCCUGCCAGGUGAAGAAGACCGGGGACGUGAAGAAGGUGGCCGGACAAUAUCAGAACCAGACACUACGUUAUUCAGACGGAGAUCUGACUCUGAUCUACCCGGGCGGCACCAGAUGCUCCACGGGCUUCCAGAGAAUGACCAUCAUCAACUUUGAGUGCAACAAGAACGCAUCGAGCGGUGGGCGCGGGGCUCCAGUUUUUGCGGGGGAGACAGACUGCACCUACUUCUUUGACUGGGAGACAUCCUUCGCCUGCAUCAAGGAGAAAGAGGAUCUACUUUGUCAAGUCAGAGACGACACCAAACACUACGACCUCUCAACCCUCACAAGAAACCCCGGGUCAGAUGCCGGGGGGAACUGGGAAGUGGUGGAUGAUAAAUCUCCAAAGCCAGACUCUCGUUUCUUCCUGAACGUUUGUCACAAAGUCCUCCAGACAGGAGACGCUACCGGCUGCCCGGCGGACGCCUCCAUCUGUGCCUUUGAUAAGAAUCGUAGGUUCAUCAGCCUGGGCAGCUUCCUCUCCUCUCCUCAGAAGACCAAAGUAGGAAAUGACAUCAGACUGGUUUACACUGAAGGAAGCUUUUGCAAAGAUAAAAAGACGAGGAUCCAAACCAUCCUGACGCUCAAGUGCAAACCAGGAGAUCUGGAGAGCGCUCCCGUCCUCCGCAGCGUUUCCUCUGACGGGUGUGUGUAUGGGAUGGAGUGGUACACUGCCGCCGCCUGCGUCCUCUCCAAGACUCAGGGAGACGACUGCAGGGUGGAGGACCCUCGGGCCGGGUUUUCCUUCGACUUGUCUCCUCUCUCCAAAGCCGACGGUGGCUACUACAACCUGACCAGCGACCACUACGAUUACUACAUCAACGUGUGCGGUCCUGUCAAAGCUGCCAGCUGUCCGGAGAAGGCGGGGGCGUGCCAGGUGGAGAAGAGUUCUUGGAGUCUCGGGGAAGCCAACUCUCGUCUGUCUUACUACGACGGUCUGAUCCAGCUCACCUACAGUAACGGCUCCCAGUACAACAACAAAGAACACACUCUCAGAUCCACCCUCAUCUCCUUCCUGUGUGACCCGGAAGCCGGAGCUGGCAAACCAGAAUUCCAGGUCGAAGACAAGUACACCUACAACUUCCGCUGGUAUACAUCCUACGCUUGCCCCGAGAGGCCUCACGAGUGUUUGGUGACAGAUCCCGUCACGCUAGAGCAGUACGAAUUAUCCAGCUUGUCCCGCUCCACCUCCAUGAAAAACUGGCAGACGAUGGACCUGUCUGACGCCGUGAACCUGAAGAAGUACUACAUCAACAUUUGUCGUCCGAUCAACCCCGUGAUGGGCUGCGACCGGCACGCGUCCGUCUGUCAGACCCAGUACAUCUCUGAGAAGGGAUCUCCUAAGGAGGUCAUCUCCGUAAGCAACAUGGGUGUCUCUAAGCGGGGGCCGGUCAUCGAGUCGCGGGACCGGCUGCUGCUGGAGUUCACGGACGGCUCUGUGUGCGAGUCCGACGGCCAGAAGCUCUCCUACACAACACGCAUCCACCUGGUCUGCUCCAGAGGAAGCCUGUCAAUGGGCCCACGCUUCCUAAUGUACCAGAACUGCACCGCCAACUUCAUCUGGGAGACCAGAGCCGCCUGCGCCAUCAAAACCACCGAGAACAAUAAUUGUGCCGUGGUGGACCCAAACACCGGCUAUGAGUUCAACCUUCAGCUUCUGGCCACCGACAAGGGGUACAAGGCACAAGGAAAUGGAAAGGACUUCCUGGUGAACAUCUGCUCAGACGUGGCAGAGUGUGGAAAGGGCAACGCAGGCUGUGAGCUCGAGGAGGGGCGUGCCGUGAGCCCGGUGGGGGUGGAGAAGACCCUGCAGUACUCCACCGACGGCCUGCUUAAACUCACCUAUAAAGGAAUCCUGGACGGGCCCUCGGCAUCCCGGGACACCUUCACCAUAAACUUUGUGUGUGAUAAGAACGCUCACCCCGGCACAUUGAAGAUGCUGCACGAGGAUCUGGGCACCGCUCCAACUCUUGUGCACAACGUCUUGUUUGAGUUCUCCACGGCUCUGGCCUGCAUCCCUGCUCCCGUCGACUGCCAGAUCAUUGAUUCCCACGGUCAUGAGUACGACCUGAGUCAUCUGAUGCGGGACGGAGAGGACAGCCCCUGGAUCGCCAUAGAUACAGAGGUGGGGAAGUCGCGCAGCUUUUACAUCAACGUGUGCAAGCCUCUCCCUCCUGUGAGCGAGUGUCCAGUGGGUCCUCUGGGUUCCUGUGCCACGAUCGAUGGGAAGAGUUACAACCUGGGUUAUGUGCAGUCGAGCCUUCAGGCGGCACAGGACGGCUCCAUCAGCAUCGUGUACAAGAACGGAGAACACUGCGACGCCACCUCCCGCUACUCCACACGCAUCAUCUUCCAGUGUGACGACAACCCCGGCUCCCCCAUGUUUGACCGUUUGGAUGGUUGUGAAUAUGUGUUCAUCUGGAGGACAUCUGAGGCCUGCCCCAUCAGGAAGUCUAAAGGCGAUAACUGCCACGUUCGGGACCCGAAGAGCGGCUACGAGUUCGACCUGAGCUCUCUGAAGGGCCGCGAUUACCCAGUCCUCAGCGACAAGUACGUCUACCACCUGGCUGUCUGCGGGGGGGUGCAGGGAGACGUCUGCACCCACAUGGAGUCUGUCUCCUCCUGCCAGGUGGAAGGGAGCAAAGCCAAGAUUGCUGGAAUGGCAAACCAGGUUCUGAGUUACGUGGGAGACCAGAUCAUCCUGAACUACACUGAUGGAGAGUCCUGUCAUAAGAUUUACAAGAGAUCCACUGAGAUCUACUUCUCCUGCCACCCCGACCGGCAUCCUGGAACACCUGAGUUCAUCAAGGAGACUGCAGACUGCACCUACCUAUUCAGCUGGCCCACAGCGCUGGCCUGUGUCCCCGUCAAAACCACCAGCUGCUCCUACAAUGAUGGUCAGGGUCACUCGUACGACCUCUCUCCUCUGGCUUUGGACUCCAGAAACUGGGAGGUGGAGCCGUCUACGGAGAACUCAAACCGCUUUUACAUCAACGUCUGCCGGUCUCUGGUGCAGCAGGGAGGAACCUGGAAGUGUCCCUCUGGUGCAGCAUCCUGUGUGAAGGAGGGAGAGCAGUAUGUGAGCCUGGGGCAGGUGGAGUCCGGCCCGACGUGGGACAGAGGAGUCCUGAAGCUGCAGUACAACAGCAGACAGGCCUGUGCCGGGGGGAACCGCAACAAGAGCAGCAUCAUCCGCUUCAAGUGUGACAAAGACAAAGUGGACUCUCGGCCUACUCUGAUCUCAGCCAUUGAGGAUUGUGUGUACACCUUCCUCUGGUUGACAGCCGCCGCCUGCCCUCUGAACAGCGUGCAGCACGACAACUGCAGAGUCACCAACCCCGCCACAGGUCAUCUGUUUGACCUCAGCACUCUGACGCAGGAGGGGGGUUACACCGUGUACGAUUCUCAGAACAACAAGAAGAUGUUCCGCAUGAACGUCUGUGCAGCCGUGAGCAACGCCGGCUGCGACCCCGACACCGCUGUGUGCAUAAAGGAAGGAAAGACUGUGGCGAGCGGGGGUCAGGUGAGCAGGAAGCUCUCGUACAAGGACCACGUUCUGGAGCUGGCGUACGAGGGAGGGAGUCCCUGCGCCGCUAACCCCGACCUCAAACACAACACCAUCAUACACUUCAUCUGCAGGCCACCUAACAUGGGCUCAUCCCCUCCGGAGCCAGUUUUCAUUGCCUCCAACAGCGAGACCUGCACACACUUCUUCUCUUUCCACACCCCCCUGGUCUGCGAACAGCCAGUGAAGUGUUCGGUCCAGAACGGCUCCUCUCUUAUAGACCUGACUCCUCUGAUUCAUGUGAGCGGAUACUACACAGCAACAGAUGACACGGUGGGCGAAGACGACGGAUCUCCAGACUUCUACAUCAACAUCUGUCAGCCUCUCAACCCCAUCCCCGGGGUCUCCUGCCCUCCCGGAGCUGCCGUCUGCUCAGAUCCUGACAAAGGAUCUCCUGUGGACAUCGGGCGGACUACCAGCGGUCCUGAGAUCAGCAGCUCUACAGGGGAAGUGUCCAUCACUUACAGCAGCUCCACCAAGUGUGCGACUGAUAAUGCUCAGAACUACACCUCCACCAUCAUCUUCACCUGCCAGAGAGGCCUGGAGCUGGGCUCUCCUCAGAUGCUGAAACUGCAGGACUGUGUGUAUCUGUUUGAGUGGGCGACUCCCCUCGUGUGUUCAGACGCCACACACACCAACACCACCGGCUGCCGGCUCACCGACUCCCAGCUGCAGUUCACCUUCGACCUGUCCAUCCUCUCGGGUCCAGUGCAGGUACACGUGGGCUCCAACGUGUACCACAUCAACGUCUGCGGCGCAGUGGCAGAGCCGGCCUGUAAGAACAGCGCAGUUUGCCGGGUGUCUGGUUCCGGUUCAGAGAAGAGUGCCUCGUCUUUUGGAAUCAGCAAGGCCAUGACGAUGGACUUCAAACACGAUGAGGAGGCUGUCAUGAUGCAGUAUGGAGGGGGGGAUCCCUGCCCACCAGUGACGGAUCAGGAGGAGGUGUGUGUGUUCCCCUUCACCUUCAUGAGUAAGUCGUACAAGGAGUGCACCAAAGAGGGAAGGUCUGACGGCAGGAUGUGGUGCGCAACAUCCGCCAACUAUGACACGGACAAGAAGUGGGGAUUCUGCAACGCAGUCUCCAGUAAGCGCCAGUCCUCCAUCCUGUUCAGCUGCGAUCAGUCCGCGGGCCACGGCACUCCUCAGCUGCUCUCUGAGACGGCGGGGUGUUCGACCACCUUUCAGUGGCGCACCAGCGCUGUGUGUCCCCCGGUGAAGAUGGAGUGUAAGCUGGUCAGCCAGCACCAGACCUUCGACCUGCGGACCCUCUCCUCCCUCACCGAGCCCUGGAAGUUCAGCCACCAUGGAGACUCGUACUACAUCAACCUGUGUCAGGGGAUCCACGGCGGGCUGACAGGAUGUCCAGAAGGAGCGACUGUGUGCCGACGCUCCGCAAUAGGAGCCACACGCACCCUGGGGAAGGUUUACACCCAGCAAAUGACCUACACUGAUGGAAAGAUCUCCGUGAGUUACUCAGCCGGAGACGAUGUGUGUGGUACGGGCGUGAAGGCGAAGACUACGAUCCAGCUGAGCUGCGGCUCCACUGUGGGCCGACCGACACUCAUCAGUGUCGAUGAAGCCUCCUGUGAGUUUGUGAUUGGAUGGGAGACUCGUUCGGCGUGUGCGGUGAAGCAGCAGGAGGUGGUGAUGGUGAACGGGACGAUUCAGGUCCCCGACACCGGAGCCAGCCUCAGCCUGGGGGCGCUCUACUUCAGCCAACAUGAGGCGUCCGGAGACAUCCGACCUAACGGAGACCGAUACGUCUACCACAUCCAGCUGUCCGGCAUCACCAACAACUCGCUGACCAGCUGCAUCGGUGCAAACAUCUGUCAGGUCAAGCUCAACGCGCCCUACAGACGCAGGAUCGGCUCCUCCAGCAAGGCCAAGUACUACAUCAAAGGAGGGAACCUGGAUGUGAUGGUGCCCUCGGAGUCGGCGUGUGGACGUGAGAAAACCAAAAUGGUGUCGUCCACCAUCAUGUUCCACUGCAGCCCGUCAGCAGGCGUUGGUAUCCCCGAGUUCAUGCUGGAGACGGAUGAAUGCCAGUAUCUGUUUGUGUGGCACACAGACGCUGUGUGUGUGCUCACGAUCGGCGCCAAGUCCUACGACGACGACCCUGAUGCUCCGGCUCUCUCCAGACACAGCCAGGCGUUCGGGCUGAUGCUGAGCCUCCUGCUGCUGAGUCUCACCGUCUGCCUGCUUGGGCUUCUGCUGCACAAGAGGGAGAGGAGAGAGCUGGUGAUCCAGAAAGUGGCUGGCUGCUGCAGGAGAGGAAACCAAGUGUCCUAUAAAUACUCCAAGGUCGACAUGGACGAGGAGGGUGGAGAGGAGGAGAUGGAGUGGCUGGUGGAGGAGCUCGAAGGCCCUCCCUCGUCUACCUCCUCCUUGUUGUUGUCACAGCGGGGGAAGAGUAGCCACGGUAACGGCUACAUCAAAACCAAGCUGGUGAACACGGACGGCCUGCACUCGUUCUCUCUGGACGAUCAGGACGAGGACGAUAGCGAGGACGAGGUGCUGAGCGUCCCGGGGGUGCGGGUGGUCAAAUCCUCCGGUCUGUCCCGGCUCUCCGCGGCCAGUCGCAGCCCCUUCCUGCAGGAGGAGAGCGACGAGGACCUGGUGGGCCUCCUGGAGGAGUCGGGCAGGAAGCGGAGGAGCAGCAAACCUCGCUCCUCAGGCGGUAAUCACGGUAACGACACGGCAGCAAACAGGAAGCGGGACGAGGAUGACAGUGACGAGGACCUCCUCAGGGUGUGAUGUCACUUCCUCCUUCCCCGGCGCUCUCCACCAAUCUGAACUCCUCUCUCUUUCUCAGUGAAUGUCUCCAUAACAGCAUCAAAAACACACCAACAGCAAAUUGAAGGCAGAAAACCCUUUCCUCUCUUUCUGGAUUUAUUUUGUAUUUGUUGGACUGCACCUUUACUUGGCCUCAGACUCGAUCCAGUGCGUCAGUGUCAGCACAUGCUUUCUUAUUUAUUAAUAGCUGAUUAUUUAAAGGGUCCUUUUUUGACCCGCACACAUUUUUUUGUCAUUUCUAAAAUAAGACAACUUUCUCCAGUAUAUUUAGUCAAAUCUUGACAUUUAUCUAAUAAAAACACUAGAAAUCAACCCCAGAUGCACGAAAAAACAUCUCUAACUUUGCAUUGAGGCAGAUCAGUGAAAAAGAUGGAAAUUAAAUCAUACUGUUCUUUUAUUUUGUGAGUUUUUGAAGUGAAGUCGUGCCAUUGCUUUCGCACUUUAUUGUCAUCGAUAAACUGAUCAUGUCUCAUUGCAGACGUCUACAUUUGGAGUUGAUUUUUAGUUUGAUUGAUAACUGUGGUCAGAUAUCCAAUGAAGUAGCUCAAAUGGAAAGCAUAUUUUAGGAGAAAGCUAUCGGAUGAAAUAAAAAAGAGGCGACUGGUUUGGUUUCCUGGACGCGGGGCAGCGGAGGUGUCGCCUCGUGUCGUGUCUAAAGGGAAUGAAGACACCUGUGUGUGUCUUCUUGCUGUUUACAGUUGCUCUGAAAGCUCUCUUUCUUUCUCCUGGGAAAAGAAAGCGCGAUGCCUUCCUGACGAUGAUUGCAUUCUCAUCGAUGAGUCGUGUCCCCGGCGACAGAUAGAUUUAUUUUUUUCUCGUUUUGAUCAGAAACGUUGUACAUAGAGGAUUAUGUUCUAUAAUAUGGACGUUUUGUUUGUUUGUUUGUUUGUUUGUUUGUUGUCUUCACCGGUGAAUUGCUCAUUUGUUUUUAUGAUUAUUUAAGUGGGAGUCUGUUCUGUGUGGGAAGAUGGCCUUAAGUGUGAAUGGAUGGUCGACGAGAGAAAGUAAAAUAUGAAAUGUUUUUUUUGUUUUUGACUCCCCCUCCUCCCAUCCUUUCCCUCCCGCCAAAGCCAUAUUUCUCCCCGCCGCCGCUGCUGGCACCAAUGUACUGAGGUUGGGAUGUGUGUUUCCGCUCGCACGCUGUCACAUUAAAGGCUCAUCUCUGGUGUUCAGGUCUGUGAUUGUGGAAGUCGCUGCGUGGAAAAGUGAGAUUUUGUUUCUCCGUGAAGCCAAUUGUGUCGUGCUGAAGUCAGCCCUUCUUAGCCAAACACACGGAAAGAAAGAAGCAUUAAAGUGUCAAGAAAGCUACCAGGCUACUUACAUUUACCAUAUCCUGCUUUACUGUCUAACCCGUGUGAUGAUGGGAGACCCGGGACAGAGGGGGGGAUGUUUAUCCAACUGCACAUUAUGAGUGAGCCUGCACAGUGUUUGUGUGUUUACCUACUCCCAGGUGUUAUGCUUUCCUCCCAAGCAAAGAAGCAUUCAAUAAGACGACAAGGGAGGAAAUUACAAACCCACAAACAUCCUGACCUACGACACCGAAGCAGUUUUGGUAACGUGUUAUUGUUCCAGUUGAGAUAAACAAAGUGGAGCUGAUCUUUUCUGCUGUGCAUACCAUACGAACAUAUGAAGAGUUUCCUAAGGCUGCAGCUGCUUUUUUACGGUCAAUACCGAGUCCAUGGUGACCUCUUCACCCAAGCGUUUAAUGGACAGAGCAACAAAUCCUCACAUUUGGGAAGCUCGUAACACUGAACACUUGACGUGUAAUAAUCCUGUAAUUGAAUAACAGUCGUCAAUUACCUCCUCGUUAAUUCUCCGCCUUAAACGUGGUAAUCAAGCAAAAAACCAGUCCUAACUUGAGGUCCAUUUACUAGAUUUCUCUGAGGCUUUCAACACUUCUUACAGCAGAUUUGGCUUUCACUUAAUUAUCAACUGAGAUGGGUUAACAGCUCCAGAGAGAUGUACCACUUAUCAAACUAAACUUUUGAAGUUUAAGAGACAAGCCGUUGGAGCUGAAACAGACAGAAGUCAGAACAAAUCUUGACUUUCAGCCUGUUUGUAAAUGAAGUAUGAUUGGAAUUUGGACUCUUUAUUGUUUAAAUCAGUUAUUGGGACAGUUUUCACUUCACUGUCACAUUCUGGACUUAAUCAAUCAAGCGUUAGGGGAUUAAUAGACUAAUUUAUAAUGAAAAUGACUAUUAGUUGCAGACCCAAGUAUCCUCCUUUUCCUUGUAUCGGUACAUCUGAAAAGGAAUACCACUCCAAACAUUAUGUUGGUGAAUGCUAAACCUUGGGAGAGUACCUGUUGAUUCAUUGACAGAGCAGGAACAAAGUAUUGAUUUGCAACCAUAAACAUAGUGCACUCACACUGUGCAUUAAAAAGGGGAAUGACAGUCGAUUCCCUUUUGUGAUCUUCAGUAUUCAAUCCACAGAGGCUAAAGACAUCAUCAAAACGUGAUGCGAAAAAUCUGGACAAAGUAGACUCACUUUUCAGGGUAUUUCUAAACACGUGUUUGUAGGAUACCUCUCGUCCAAAACACGAAAAGGAUUUUACAAAGUAUUGAAAUGGGAAACGAUCAGUAUUUUAUACAGAUGAGUUUGGGAUGUGCCAUAAUAAUUAACAAGAAGAGAACACCGUUACGUCCGUCCCCUCAUGCUCCGGCUGAUGCUCCAAACACAAGUAAAAUGUCCAGAAAGAUUUGAAGCUUUGUUCACAUUUUCUUCUCAACUAUCACCUGUUAAUGAACAACAACCAUAUCACUAGACAGUGUUUAAGAAAAUGAGGUUUAGCGGGACGGGUUUCCAAAGAACUAUUCAAUGAGUGCUUUUACAAAUGUCCUCUAUCCAUGUGCAUCGAUUAAAACCUCUCCUCGGUCCCACAUACGCUCCAAAUAAAUCAGGCUUGUUGCUCUAAAGGUGUUUUACUUCCUGAUCCAUCAAAUCAGCUCAUAUCUCACGAGGAGAAGUCGUAGCGCUCGCAGAAGAAGAGCGAUGACGAUUAACAUCUGACGGUCUCUUGUGUUUCUCCAUCGUUGCAUAAAGUCUGUUCGGCUGUAUUUAGCAACCAAAGUUGAUGUGCGUGGUGCUCGUGAAGAAAUGAACGGACAUUCUUGUGCUUUUGUUUUGGUCUGCAAUCGAGCAGAGGAACGCUUUGGGUGACGGGAAACAAAUUCAAAUUCAGACAAAUGAUCUUGGAGGCUUUAGCGACUUAAAGGGGGGGAAAAAAGCACAAGAAGCUUUGCUGGGAUGAUUCGGUACGAUGGGAGAUCCUCCUUCUGUUUCAGUUGGUGUACGUUUGAUCUGUUUUUCAGCUCUGCCUGUUUUUCCUAUUUAAAAACAACGUUGAUGUAAAAAAUAUUGCAUUAUUUGAAUAAAUAAGAUCUGCUGUUUA